AUGAAAAAUAUCCGAAUUGGCGACUUUGACGCUCGAAUAUUCUACUCUCGAGUAGCUUUUUCUAGAGCAACAUUUACGAAUAUUUGGGGCGUGGAUACAAACGUGCAAAAGACACCUCAUCGCAAUAUGGACCAGUUAUGAGCGCUUAUCUUAUCUCGUGCGUUACUCAGCUUUUGCAGAAUUCUCACAAUGCCAGGAUUUACUAAAUUUCCGGUCUAUUUUGAACCGGACUAUUGUACCGCUUGUGACUUGUUCUCAGUUUUGAUUGUUUGAAAAUCUGUCCCAUCCUUUUGUAAUUUUCAAGUGAUAAUUAUUAUCAGUUAGUAGUUAACACUUCCAUAUCGAAGUUUAAGCAUCAUGGUUUUCGAGAGAAAGACGAAUGAGGCGUCUUAUACUCUUAUACUUUGCGUUUGUUGCUUUAAUUGUCGUAGCGGCAGUCUCGCACAUUGUUGAUAAAACACAUUGGUUUUUUUGGCUUUUUGAUUUUAUCAUUCAUGGAUCGAAAAUUUUGAAUUAUAUUCUUUCGGAUGCCAAAUAUGAUCUUUGUUUUUUAUUUCAACUACUGAGGACUGCAUUUCCAUGACAUAAAUCUCCCUGUAUAUCUUUAUGUGCGCGGUAACAUUCGACUUUGUUGGCUGCCAUGCGGAAAUCAACGAAGCGCUAGAAUGGCUGAACCCGCUGAGAACAGCGAAUCAAACCCAUUCUGGGAACCUGAUGCUGCGCAGCAACCCGCCAGUAAUCCGUUCGACGAGGAGACCUCGGCGCUGGAAGAGAGCAUAGACAGUCUACUGGUGUCAUCGGGCAAUCGCACCCCGGUUCCCCUUGAUUCGCGUCAUUCCAAUCUUCCUGAGGGUGAGGAAAAGGCAAUAAGCUGGGAACAAGUGGCUAACCAUUUGCUUAAGAAGAACUUCCACUUAACGGCGCUGGAACUGCAUACGGAGCUCCACGAAAGGGGAAUACAGCUGCCUAGGUUACGGGAUUUCUUCAGUAAUCCUGGUAAUUUCGAAUAUGUCCGAGAAUCCACCGGGGAUGCGGACACUGCUGGCGCUCCUCUCAAUCGCGCCUCCAGUUCCCAGACGCUGGAUUCUUUGGAUUUCCAUCGCGAUUCAUCGGAAGACGAUAUCUACGGCCGUGUCGAUGAACGAGUUGCGGUUCUCGAAUUCGAGCUGCGCAAAGCCAAAGAUAUUAUACAAAGCCUUCGUGAACAUCUGACUAAUUUGACCGGCUCGCCGGAACCCUCUGCCAAUCCCUCACCGUCCACCCCGAAAGCUGGCGGGACGCUGGCAGUUAACGGGGAAAGCGCAGCGCCCAUUCAGCCGCUAGAGAAACGGGCAUUAAAUUUCCUGGUGAAUGAAUACCUUUUGGCCAAUGAAUACAAACUGACGAGUAUAACAUUUACGGAUGAAUGCCAGAAUUUGGAUUUUGAUGACUGGGAUGAUGUGGGACUAAAUAUUCCCAAGCCCCCUGGGAUUGUCUCCUUAUACCGGAAAUUCCGAUGCGGUGGGUUAUCACCCAUAGUAACGGAAGGUGUGCGCGUGCCACAAGCCACGACUGAAUCAUGUUGUCAGACAGAUAUUGGGACUGCCGAACCUGUUAUCACUGAUAAUGCUCUUCCUGUGGAACAACUAAAAGUGCUACAGGAUGAAAACGAAAGGUUGACCGAAGAGCUCCGCACGAUAACAAUCAAAUGUGAUGUUUUUGAAAAUGAACUUCAUGCCGCGCGUACUCAUCGUGUCGUCGUGGAAAACCAUGUUCAACCUUCCCCACCGGCAAUUAACUAUGGCGGAGGCGAUGGAGGAGUGCAAUUUAGCGCGACCACACCCCAUCCCGUUGCGUUGUCCCCUCGAUUAACUCGAUUCACCGCAGAAUUGCGACGCAUUCUCUUCCCACCUUUGACCACAUGUGAUCCGGAAAAUCAGCAGAUUUUAUCGGCAAUUUCGCGCAUUUCAACGGAUCAGACCCAGGCCGUUUCCGUGUUGGCGGAGACAUUGCCGCAGAUCAUUCCCAAUGUGUUGCUGGCUAAACGACAGGAAGUGAUUCCGCUGCUCCUGGUGACGAUCUUGUUGCACGAAGACCAUGGAAUGCGGGAUAAAUUGUUGCAUCAGCUGUUCAAUUUACUGAAGAAACCGGAAGACCAACAGCGGAGGAUGAUUUUGAAUGGGUGUGAGAGGUUUGCUGCGUUGGCGCCCGCGGAAAGACUGGAAGGGGAAUUGUUGCCACAGUGCUGGACUCAGAUUUCCCACAAGUAUGCUGAACGACGCAUGUUGGUCGCGGAAUCAUGCGCAAUACUGGCCAGCUACGUGUCUCCGGAAAUAUGCGGUUCAUUGAUCAUAUCAAUGUUGAAACAGAUGGUAUCCGAAGAUAAGAAUCCGGACGUACGAGAGAAAGUGGUCCAAAGUCUGGCGGUUGUUUCUUUGCAUAUCACCGACAGUGAUAAAUUUCAUCAGCUGUUGGAAUUGUUGCACAUCUGUAUGAAAGAUUCAUCGGAAUUAGUUGUAAAGACCACGUUAUCGCUGUAUCUACCAUCGUUGGCCAUUUGGACGCAGACCAAUCUGAAUCUCGGUGCUAGGCUCAUCGAGCCGUACUUCGUUAAAUCCUUGAGCUCAGAUGAUGCGACUGUUUUCACAACGGCUGUUACCGUGCUGAGGAAGCUGAUACCGAACAUUUACGCUGACGUCGUCAAUACGGGUCCAUGGCGGUCUGCUGAGUCAGAUUUUAUGGUUGAUGAUGCGUUUACCUCAGCGAUUCAAGCUCGCUUGCCCCGUAGUCGCCCUGACGAUAUGCUGGAGUCCUUACAGGUCCUGAUUGGCGAGGAUUACGUUUUACAGUGCGCAAAAUUCCAUUCCUAUAUCGAUCGAGAAUGGUUCCACGAAUGGCCGCAAUAUAAAUGGAUCAUUGAAAUAUUUGUGCCUAGUCUUUGUAAAUGUGCCGCAUCACUGCAUAUAUCAAACCAGGACUCUGUUACCGCUCUGUUGGGCCUUUUUAAGCAUCUUAUCCUGUAUUUUGGUGAUAAUUUUGCAACAAGUUGCCUUUCAAAAUGCAUGAAGGGAACGAUACAAGAACUUGGAUCUAGUUUCCUGUAUCACGCCGUUUUCGUAUGUUUUUCCUGUGCCGUGGUGGCCCUCUGUGAUCCCAAGCAGCUUCAAGAAUUCCUUUCAUCCGCCCUCGUUUCGAUAAGUGACCAAGCUCUGCCCCUGGACGGGAUGCAGCUCAUAUUCCGCGAUCUCGCCGACCGUUUUCCUGAUGAUCUGACCCAGGUGUGCUGGACGGGCAUCGUCCACCAUUCAGUCCCGGUUCGUCUCAACGCGGCCCGCCUCAUGCGCACGUUGACCGAAUUAUUCCGGAAAUCCCAUUCCCUCUUGGAGCCUCUUAUUCCCCCGUUGAUUACCUUGGCGUCGGACCAUGAAUCCCGGAUCAGACUGGAAAUCAUACCGUCCUUGGCCAAUGUACUGAAGGAGCACGUCCAGGAAGAGAAGCUGUUAACGGUGUUCCAAGGUUUUCUGGAUGAUCGGGAACAUUUGGAUAUUGUUGACAAUACCGUGCGCGAGCUGGCCAAAUCGGCGAUUUAUUUGGAUAAGAGGUUUCAUCAAGAAUUUUUGCUGCCGAGAUUGGCGGUAUUGGUGGCUCAAAAUCCACGGCUUCAGGUGUAUCGAAAAGAUAUGGCGAUUUGUUUACUGGACGCGUAUGUUUCCCUUUCCUGUGCCAGUUUCGGGGAAGAAUCGUGGUUAGUGGCACCAGUCCUGCAGUCAGUGCGGUCUCUUCUUCAAGAACUUAAAGAACUGAAUAUGGUGGAAUAUGUAGAUAUUGCUCAGGAACUGAGCGAUAAACUGGCCCGAACCAGUUAUCAUCAAACUUCUCCGCCUUCUCUGCCAAAUCCCGAUGAAAUCAAAGCCAAAGUCAUGAACAAAAUUAAGGAUUCUGGGUUAACUACAAUGUUUAAGAAAAAAUGAAGGUGUUUUCCUAAUUUAUCUCAGCUUUUCAUUUUUUGUUGGGCAGCCGUUUUUGUUUGUCCUGCUUGCAGCCGUUUUGAUUUUGGUCCAAUUUUUAUUUAAGAAGUCGUUUCCCGCUGUGAUCUGUAGAAUCCAGUUUUAUCGUAGCGUUUUAUGGUACCGUUAUGACCAUGUACAGACGAGUGUCUCCGCUGUCUACAAGAAUUUAAAGCACUUUUUUGUUGUUUAUGAAAGCGCCGCUGAGUUUUUGAGUCAAAUACGAGUAAAACGAUAUGUUGA